AUGGCAAAAUACUGGCUUUAUCCGUUCAAAGGAAUGAGCUAUCUAGUAUGGACAAAUUUGUUUUGGAGAGAGGCCACUUUGAUUUUCUUGAUCUAUAUCUCCAAAUUCGUGCUCAUCGCAAUUCUAUACUAUCUAGUGCUUUUCCCGUUUGUCUUAGGUAUAAAUACAGUUCUCCUGGGCCCGCUAGGAGUAACCGUCGCUGUGGUACAUUCCGUCCUUCAGGUGAAUUUGUAUGCGUCCAAUCUUACAAGGUUGAGUGGUUUUGAGUAUGCGACCAUAAUGUUUGAGAAGCUCGUGGAUAGCAGAGCGGAUCACGUUGCUCUUGUGAGCCUGAUAUAUUUGCCAGCCGUUCAACCCAUGAUAGUAAAACCGCAGCGCCACUGGUCCAAAAGUAUACCGAUAUUUAUCAUCAAAACCGCUAUUCGGCUUGCCAAUUAUUUUUGUCUUUUUGUUAUAUCAAUGAUUCCAAUUGUUGGCAUAUUAAUGGUAAAAUUUCUGCGUUCAGGAGUGAUUGGGUAUCAAUACUCAAUGCCAUACCUUGCGAUGCAAAAUCCUCUCCAGUUGAGGGCUGGAGAUGUUUUUUACCGCGAAUUGGGCAAAUACAUAGCCUUCGGAAUUAGUAGUGGCCUCUUAGAAGUGUUGCCAGUUUUCUCAGGCUUGAAUAUAGUGAGCAGCUAUCUUGGAAGGGGAUUGUGGUUGCUAGAUGAGACUAGAACAGUUCAGUCCGGUCAUAGUUGA